GGGAAGUAACAGUUUCCGGUUUAUCAGGCGAGUGUGUCACACGUUAAGCUGGUCAGAGUGUCAUGUUGCUCCCAGCACGCAUUUAACCCGAGCAAACACAUGAAACUGACGCACUAUCGAGUGGACUCGCGUGAAGUCUCGUUUUAGACGCCGAUCUAAUCGUUUUUGAGCUUGUUUAGUUAGCGGUUUAAGAUAUUUGCCGAUAAGAUGGCGGAUGUGGCUCCGGCCGGCGCGGAAAAGAGUCUGGAUGACUUCUUCGCCAAACGUGACAAGAAGAAAAAGAAGGAGAAGGUCAAGGGAAAGCAGGAACAGGUGAUUGUAAAGAAGACAAAAAAGGAGAAGGAGAAGUCGACGAAGAGUGAAAAUCAAGACGCGCAGAUGGAGAAGGAUGAUGAGGAGUGGAAGGACUUUGAGCAGAAGGAGGUGGACUACACUGGACUCAGGCUCCAGGCCAUGCAGAUGAGUGAUGAGAAAGAAGAAGAGGAGUAUGAGAAAGAGGAGGUGGGAGAGGAUGGUGAGAUCAUACUGGUCAGCGGUGAUAAAUUCUCUGGACCCUGGAACAAACCAGGCGCCCCUCCUACAGCUGCUCCUGUCGAGGAAGUGGAGGUCCCGGAGGCCAAGGCACCUGGCGUCUAUCGUCCCCCAGGAGCCCGGUUAACAACCACCAAGAAAGCUCCAACUCAAGGGCCCCCAGAGAUCUACAGUGAUGCCCAGUUCCCCUCUCUUCUCUCCACUGCCAGACAUGUGGAAACUCGCAAGGACAGAGAGAUUGAGAAGACUUUUGAGGUGGUCAAGCACAAAAGCAGAGCCAGAGAAGGUGAAGGUCCAGGCCCCACGCAGCAACUACAGUUAGAUAACCAGUACGCCAUCCUGGGUGACAAAUAAAAGCCAUCUUCCCUUUCCCCUAUGCCUACCGCAAGACUCGCAGGGGGAAAGAUGACCUGCAGCUUUCUGAUGCAGUCCUGACUGAGCUUGAGAUACCUGUGCCCAUCAUCAUCACACACACACACACACACAUUGAUUUUACAUGCAAAACAUACUGACCCCUGUCAAGCAACACCCCACUAAAGAACAGGUUUGACACACCCACAUAUAGCAUUGAAAAUCUCAUACACACAGACUUGGCUGAUAUCAACUGCAUUCAAACGGGCUUCAGCAACAGGAACUGACUGAAAUGUAACAUUCUGCUUUAUACGACACAGUACACACGAAAGACACUGCUUCAAACAAACAAGGCACCAAUUGUUUCUUACGAUGGGAUUCCUCGAGGAGUUGGUUGGCUGGCAGAGCCACUGGACAUCGGCCAACUCUUAGAAAAUGAGAAACGCCACUUUGAGGAUGGAGUUUAUGACAUUGGGUUAGAAAUAUUAAUAAUAAUAAAAUGCUGAGGUUCUUUUUUUUUCUUUGCUACAUCAGUAUACUUGGAUUUCUUUUAAUGAUUUUCCUUCAUGUCGUGAUGAGAGAAAGCAAAAGAAGUUUUCAGUUUGGGCACUUAGAGAGGGGAGACUACCUCAGUUCCAUAUCUGUGGUUACCAUGUCGACCAGGUUCUGAGCUCUGAUUGGCCACCGAUCUGGCCAAAAGUGUGUGUUCGGUGUCUCACCUUCAACUUUAUAGUUUUAUUUCUCCCCCUGCUGUGGGCCUUUGUGCAAGAUCUUUCAGCGAGGCAUCAAAUGUACUAUUUAAAGUGACCUUACUGUGGGAAAUGAUGAUAUUAAAGUGAUGGGAGAAAAAUAUCUAUAUAUAUAUUUAGAGAAUGUGUUAAAAUAUCGCUCUGGAAGACACUUCCUGGUCGUUCUGUGGGCAAACGCCUGCUUCAAUUGAAAUCUUACCACUCUGAGGUGUUGAAACAACCUCUGCUUCCCUCUUCAAGAAUGUAGUUGUAACCUGUAGUUUGUUCAAACGUUCAGAUCUUCCUUAACAAUGUCCCUUUAACCCCUCCAUCCCUCUUCCUGCCUCGUUUUGUUCCUCAUUUUAUUUGAUUUCAUCAUGAUUGGCAAAUCAUUAAAGCGUAACAUUUCUAAUCUCA